CAAACAGGCCGUUCGUUCCCGCCAUGGAUCUCCUACACUACCCAGCCUCUCGUCUCCCUCCAUUUCGCUGCACUUACCCUCACCGUCCCGUUAGUACAUCUCUUCGCCGGAGCUUCACAGUGAGGUCGAGCUUGGACCUUCCGUUUCCAGAGGAGAAAGCGAAGUAUUACAGAGAGCUCCAAGCAGCUGUCGAUGUCGUCGAGAGAGCUUGUCGUCUCUGUGUUGACGUCAAGAAGUCAUUGUUCUCAAGCAAUGGCCAGAUUCUUGAAAAGAUUGACCAGACCCCGGUGACGGUCGCGGAUUUUGGGGUUCAGGCUCUAGUAAGCAUGGAGUUGCGUAAUCUCUUUCCCUCUAUUCCCUUGGUGGCGGAAGAGGACUCAGCAUCCGUUCGUGCAAAUAAUCUGGUAAACUCUGUUGUUAAUGUGGUAACUGAUAAAGCAAGGUUCGGAGAUAAACAACUAACUGAAGCUGAUGUAUUGGAAGCAAUUGACAGAGGAGGAAAGGAUGCCUUUGUGUUUGGACUGAACCCAGCCACAUAUUGGGUGUUGGAUCCAAUUGAUGGUACACGAGGGUUUCUAAAAGGUUGCGAGUCCUUAUAUGUGGUGGGUUUGGCUCUAGUGGUUGAAGGAGAGAUUGUUUUAGGAGUUAUGGGCUGCCCUAACUGGCAGGAGGAUUAUUCCCAACCAUCCACCACUGAAGUACAGAAAUAUGAAAACAUCCUGUCUGGAGCAGGAACCAUUAUGGUUUCUCAUGUUGGCUAUGGAACUUGGAAAAAGAGACUAUCUGACAUUCAGAGUAGCAAGGCCAAAAUGCCUCAUAAUUGGACCAGAUGUUUUGUAGAUGUGUGUCACGUAGUUGAUGAGGCACGUUUUUGUAUUCCAGAGAGUCAAACAUGGGAAACAUUGCCACUAUCAGCUGUAUAUGAUGCAACAACUGAGACUGAGAAUGUUGGGAAGAAACAAAUUCAUCUAUUGCCCACUUGUUGCGGAAGUUUGUGUAAGUAUUUCAUGGUGGCCUCUGGUAGGGCAUCUGUUUUCAUCCUUCGUGCAAGGACUCAGACAAUUAUCAAGGCUUGGGAUCAUGCUGUUGGAAUUAUAUGUGUGCGUGAAGCAGGGGGGAAGGUCACUGACUGGAGAGGGAGUCAACUUGAUCUUGCAGCAGAUCAAGUUGAGCGGCGGGUCCUAUUUCCUUCAGGUGGGGUUCUUGUGACUAAUGGCAGCUUACAUAACCAGAUACUAGGGAUGAUCUCUUCUAGUUUGCCAGUCGUUUAG